CUUUCAACUUUACCGUCCUUCCACUGUUCUCUUGUUAUGCUGUGUCGCUCACCAAUUAUUCUCGUCUUGAGCCUCUCUCUCUCUCUCUCUCUCUCUCUCUCUAUUUUUUGUUCAUGUAAUGGCAAGCCAGCCCCCUAAGUACCCUGAAUCAGUCUAUGACUUCACUAUCAAGGAUGCUAAUGGAAAUGAUGUAGAUCUUAGCAUUUUCAAGGGAAAAGUCUUAUUAAUUGUUAAUGUUGCUUCUAAAUGUGGAUUGACCAACUCAAAUUACACAGAGCUGAAUCAGUUAUAUGAGAAGUACAAAGACCAAGGCCUUGAAAUAUUGGCAUUUCCAUGCAAUCAAUUUGGUGAGCAGGAACCAGGAAGUAACAAUGAGAUUCAAGAAUUUGUCUGCACUCGCUUUAAAUCAGAAUUUCCUGUAUUUGGCAAGGUGGAAGUGAAUGGUGAGAAUGCUUUUCCACUGUACAAGUUCUUAAAGUCAGGCAAAUGGGGAAUUUUUGGUGAUGAUAUUCAAUGGAACUUUGCCAAAUUCCUUGUCAAUAAGGACGGGCAAGUUGUUGAUCGUUACUACCCCACAACUUCUCCUCUAAGUCUCGAGCAUGACAUAAAGAAGCUAUUGGGGAUCUCAUGAGACACCGAGAUACAAAGGAUUCAUCAGGGUUCGUGAAGAUAUCAAAGCAUACGAAGUUUAAUCUUGUUCUGUGCAUGUUGAUGUGCCUUAAUAGACUUGUGAAAUCUGCUUUACAGAAUAUGAUAAUUAUAUGGAGCAUAAAACGUUGCUAGGUGCAGUUAUUCUAAACUCCUUGCCUUUUGUUGUGUGGUUGAAAAAUCAAGCAUUUAUACCU